ACAAAACGAGAUGGCCUGACCGGAAAAAAAAACGCUAACCGGGAGCAAGCUACCUGCCAUAAACGAUGGAUAAAUCGAGUGAAAACAUAUUUACGUGCCAGCUGUGUGGCUUGAGUACUCCAUUUACUUACUACGGUCAGAAACCACCGAACACCAGAGCUAUCGUGCUGCUUGAGGAGUGUUUUGUGACUAAAGAUCCUUUCAGUCCGGACAAGGAAAAGUUUCUGGUGCUGGGCUCAACGUGCGGCCUGUGCAGGAAGUGCGUCUGUGUCGGAUCGGACUGCAGUCUCUUCUACACCAAGCGGUUCUGCACGCGGUGUGUGAACAAGCACUUGGACCAGUUCCCCCGGCAGAUUCAGGCCGAGCUGGCGAAGAAGAAGCCGACUUCAAAGCCCGCCGUCUCGUGACGCGACAUCCGUGAAACGCUCGGCAGACUGCAGGCAACUUUUAUGCAU